AGAGGCCUGUGGCAUGGAAGGAUAUAAACGCAGGUCCUCUCUGCUUGAUUAGAAGCUCUCUUUGAAUAAUUUUAAUUAUAUAUAUAUAUAUUUUUUUUUGAAGUAAUUCUGCAUGCAUUUCUGCAUUUGAAAUUGAAACUAUUUUUCAUUUUCUUCGUCCGGUUGAUGGCUCAAUUACUGAAUUCACACGACGGAGUGCUGUCAUUAAACAAACUGAGUUUCUGCUACAACAUUUUAAGCAGUAGUGCAAAAUCGAAGUUGCUUCAGCAGAAAAAAUCGUGUUCCUAUACUAGAAACAACAUCGUAUUUCGCAAUCAACGUUGCGCGCAAUCCUUUUUUCCAGGUGUUUUGAAGGUAGACGAUUCUGUUAAAAGCACACCUGAAUCCGAGGCAAAUGUUUUGGAUGGAGUAAAAUUGGACACCUUUCCGCACAUACAAACUCUUAGAAGAUUUCCUAGGGAGGAACUUGCUGCAAAAGUUGUUCUUGUGAGGUUUGAUUCUAGUGUCUUGCUUGGAGAAGAACUAGAUCCGAGCUCUCGAUCAGUUUCAGAUGCACUUUUCACCAUUAGGUAUUUGCAUGAAGUUGGGGCUAGAGUAAUUCUUUUGAGUGACUGGAGAAGAAAAUAUAAUUCAGAAAUUCUGUCUGUGGAAUCUGUUGCAGGUAUCCUGUCUUUAGCUCUCCAAUACAAAGUUGUUAGUGUACAGAGCAUUUCUUGUAAGAAACCAUUGGACAUGGACAUCUUUCAGAAAGAAGAUAUUAUUCUUCUUCAGAACCUAAUGGAGUUCAAAGAGGAAGUUGCCAACUGUCCAAAGUUUUCUGAAUUAUUAUCAUCAGGAGUUGAUAUUUUUGUUAAUGACUCGUUUUCCCAGUCUCAUAAAAUUCUUGCAUCAACUGUUGGUGUUGCUCGGUUCUGCUACACCAGUUUGGCUGGUUUUCACUUUGAAGAAAGCCUAUGUCAACUGAAUAAGGCUGCAAAACUUGACAAGAAACCAUAUUUUGCAAUUAUUGGAGGGGGCAAUCUCUAUAAGAAAGCAACUGCUUUGCAUUUUUUAGCUUCUAGUUGUGAUGGGUUGGUCUUUGUUGGAAUGAUGGCAUUUCAGAUAAUGCAUGCUUUAGGGCUGCCCGUUACUUCGAAUUUGGUGGAAAAAGGGGCAUAUAAAGCAGCGUUAGAUCUCAUCCAGUUUGCACGUGAUAAAAACAUAACUAUUCUGUAUCCAAAAGACAUUUGGUGCAUGAAUAAUCACCUUCCAAAGCAAUUGGAAAUAUUUCCUGCCCAGAGUAUUGUAGAUGGUUGGGUACCUGUUGAUCUUGGGCCACAGUCAGUGGAAGAGAUAAACUCUUUGAUUAUGAAAUGCAAGAAAAUUUUAUGGAUCGGUCCGGUGAAGUUCAAGUUUUCUAAUCAAUACACAAGUGGAGCAUCUAAUUUGGUUAAAAUGCUUUCUAAACUAGGUCAAAAUGACUGUGACAUUACUGUUGUUGAGAAUAUGGCAUGUAAGUCAAUCACGAAAGAAUCAAGUUCAGGUUUAAACAUGGUUGAGAAUGCUUCAGUUGUAUGGGAGUUUCUGAAAGGAAGAACGCUUCAUGGAGUCAUGGCCUUAGACAGGGGACACCCAUGUGAGGUUGACUGGAAUGCUGCAUACUGCAAUCCUACCCAAUCAUUGGUGGUUGAUAUUGGAAGUGGGAAUGGACUGUUUCUUCUUGGAAUGGCUAGAAAGAGGAAGGAUUUAAAUUUUCUUGGCUUGGACAUUAAUGCAAAGCUCAUAAGACGUUGUCUAGAUUCUGUUCAUCUAUCAGGCAUAAACAAUGGGUACUUCAUUGCAACAAAUGCUACAUCAACAUUUCGUUCAAUAGUUUCUAGUUACCCAGGAAAGUUGAUUCUUGUUUCAAUACAGUGUCCAAACCCUGAUUUCAACAGACCAGAACAUAGAUGGAGAAUGCUGCAAAGGUCAUUAGUUGAAGCAGUGGCAGAUCUCCUUGGAUAUGAGGGGAAGGUGUUUCUGCAAUCUGACAUAGAAGAAGUUGCUGUGAGGAUGAAAGAACAAUUUUUAAGAUAUGGCAAAGGUAAACUUGCCCUUUUGCAAGACCACUGUGAUACAAAAUUUAAUCAAGCAACAUGGCUUGAGGAGAAUCCAUUUGGAGUUCGAUCAGAUUGGGAGCAACAUGUUAUAGAUCGUGGAGCCCCAAUGUACAGAUUAAUGCUUUCUAAAUCAUCCAGUGUUCAAUGAAGUUAUUGAGUGAAUACUAGUUAAUAUCAUAUACCAACAAAACCAGAUGAGCUAAUCUGUGCUUCUUUAAGAUUAUUUGCUGAGCAAUUCAAUGUCAGUAGGACGAAGUCCAAAAGAUGCAGCCUUUCUUGGAG